AUGCAUUCUCUGAUCAACUCGCUGUUCAAGUUCUCGGAUGGAAGCCGUCCCAAGAAUCCUUACGAACGGCUCGGCAAGGCCGAGAAGGCGAAAGCUGUUCGAGUUCCGAAGGGCCACGUGCCGGUGUAUGUGGGCAAAGAGGAAAAGUUGUACGAAGUUCCGGUGAAAUAUCUUUCGCUCCGAUCGUUCCAAGAACUGUUGGCCCAGUCACAGCCGGCGAACGAACUUGAUAUUAAGAAUGAUGGCCCAAUUGUGCUUACGUGCAAUACUGACGUCUUCGAUCGGUUACUUAUGGAGGCCAAGGCGUACUGUGAAAGUUGA